AUGGUUCCCCAAUCUUCUGACUCUGAAGGCGCAUCUGCCGAACCAUCGCAAUCCAACACAGAAAUGGCCUCUAAUUCUGAAAAGGUCGUCACAGGUAGCGACAUUCAAGCUACGGACAAGAGAGAGGGGGAUGUUGUCUCUACAGGGUCUCUCAAGAAUGAGCCCGUAAUUGGAAGAGCUCAGAUUUUGGGUGCUACAGCAGAGGAAAUUAUCGAAGCAGAAGAGCAUGCGCGUACGAUGGACUUGGAUGAGGCAAGAAAGCGCGCUGGAAACCUGAUUUACCUUCAUGAGCAUGACCCAAACUUCAGCUCAGAAUCCAUCAUCCGCAUUCAAGAGUUUCUUAGCAACGAAGACAUCUUCGCCAAUCCCCAGAACCACGCAGAUCUCAUCUCAGACAUCAAGACUGAGAUUUCACUCGUCACCAUCAACUCACCCUACGCAGAAGUCCGCGCCGUAGUAAGCAACAAGGACGACCCAUCGACACCAGCUGGAACCAUUCGAGCCUGGACUAUUGGUUUGUUCUUCGUGAUCGUGCAGAGCUUCGUGAAUCAACUGUUCUCAGUGCGACAACCGACUAUCCGACUUCAAGCGCCAGUCAUCCAACUCCUCUCGUUUCCGCUGGGUAAAGCUUGGGAGAAAUGGCUUCCUGUUGGCGAGUUCACGCUGUUUGGCCAGAAGUUGCAGCUCAAUCCUGGAAAGUUCAAUCAGAAGGAGCACAUGCUGAUCUCUAUCAUGGCGAAUGUCUCGACAAGUUUGCCGCAUUCGCGAUAUAUCAUUUUUACUAGUUGGUUAAAGAAGUACUUUGACCUGCCAUUUGCUGCGGACUUUGGUUUUCAGAUCUGCCUCUCACUGGCUAUGAAUUUGCUGGGCUUCGGUCUUGCUGGGCUGGCGCGACGUUUCUUAGUCUACCCAUCCUUCUGCAUCUGGCCUCGCUCCCUAGCAACCAUAGCCCUCAACCAGAGUCUACACAAUGAAUCUGGAAACGCAAGCGUGCUUGGUCCUUUCAAGAAAAUGUACAGCAUGUCCCGAUAUCGCUUCUUCAUGCUCUCUUUCGCCGCCAUGUUCGUCUGGUUCUGGUUCCCCGACUUUAUCGCUACUGCCUUGUCUCUCUUCAACUGGAUGGCAUGGAUCUCGCCCAACAACUUCACCCUUACAGCUAUCACUGGUGUAACCAAAGGCCUCGGUUUUAACCCUCUUCCUACAUUUGACUGGAACGUUGCUACCUACUAUAUUGAUCCUCUACUGGUCCCCUUUCAUGUCACUGUCAACAUGUUUCUUGGUGCCUUGUUGGGUGGAAUUACUAUCAUUGCGAUGUACUGGAACAACACGUACAACACCGGAUAUCUUCCCGUCAACACAAACACCAUGUUCGACCAUACUGGUGCCAAGUACAACGUAUCAUCUAUCUUGGAUGAUCGUGGAUUACUCGACGUUGAGAAGUAUCAGGCUUAUAGUCAGGUCUACAUCGCGGCUUCAUCCAUCACAUACUACAUCUACUUCUUCGCCGUGUAUAGCGCUAUCAUCUCUUAUGCUGCUCUGUAUCACUGGAACGACAUCAAACUUGGUUUUGUGUCGCUCUGGGAAAGCUUCAAAAAGAACAGCAAGAUCAAUGAGUUCAAGGAUGUUCACACAAAGCUGAUGGAGCAGUACACCGAGGUUCCAGAGUGGUGGUACCUCAUACUCAACAUCGUUGGAGUUGCUUUCGGUAUUGCUUCUGUAGCAGGAUGGCCCACCAACACCAGUGUCGGCACCGUCUUCUUCGGUCUUGCUCUUGCUAUCCUCUUCACUAUUCCAACUGGAAUCAUCUUUGCCACCACCGGCAUCGAGGUUGAGUUCAAUGUCCUUGCUGAGUUCAUCGGAGGAGCAUGGCAGCCUGGUAAUGCCUUGGCUAUGAACUUCUUCAAAGGCUUUGGAUAUGUGACAGUCGCUCAUGCUCUCGAUUUCGCCAAUGAUCUGAAGCUUGGUCACUACCUCAAGAUUCCUCAGCGCCAAACUUUCUGGUGUCAGACAGUUGCCACUAUUGUCUCCGCGUUUGUUUGUACCGCAGUCAUGAACUUCCAGAUCCUCAACAUCCGCGACAUCUGUCAGCCUAACCAAAAGGAUCGCUUCACAUGCCCCGGUGUCGAGUCUUACUUCACCGCCGCUGUACUCUUUGGCUCUCUCGCACCUCAAAGAGUCUUUGGAGAGGGCGGCAUGUACACUGCCCUCCUCGCUGCAUUCCCAGUCGGACUGGCCUUUCCCGUCGUCUACUACUACGCCACCCGCAAGCUUCCCAAGACGCACUGGCUUACAAAGCUUCACCCCGUCGUCAUCUUCAGUGGUGGCCAUAUUUGGUCUCCAUACAACCUGGCUUACGUCUGGCCGGCUGUUAUUCCAGGCUGGAUCUCUUGGGUUAUCGUUCGCAAGAGAUACCUUCAGUUCUGGGGAAAGUACAACUAUGUGCUUUCGGCAGCCUGGCAGACUGGAAUUGCUCUCGCUGCGGUGGUCAUCUUUUUCGCUGUGAGUUACCAUGGCGCGUCGAUCAAUUGGAUCGGCAACAGUGCAGACAGUGGUUGUGAGGCUGAGACCUGCACUCGCCUCAAAGUCCCCAAUGGAACCUUCUUUGGUCCUCAGCCAGGAACCUUUGCCUAG